AUGGGACACCAACAAUCAUCAUUUGUUGUUGAAAUUGCUUCUCCAAAAUAUGGAAAAUUUCAGUCAAUUCCACAAAAAGAUCCUGAAGAAAAUUCUAAAUCAAAUUGGCGUAUAACAGUUAACCCUUCAGCUGAAUUAAGUUCAAAUGAACAAAUUAAAUCAUUAGUUAAUCGUCUAUAUAAUGUACAACGACUUUUAUCACAUAAUGAUAUGAAACUUAUAUCAGCAUCUUUAAAUUGUUUUGACACAAACCAAGAUUUGUUUGUUCCUCUUCUUACAAUAAUUUCUAAUGCAACAGCACAUUCAGCUAAUCAAAUACUCUUUAGAGAACAUGGAAUAACUACUAAAAUCAUUAAUCUUUUUGUUAAAAAAAACAUGGAUUGGCCAAAGUCAUGCAGAGUUAUGCUUCUUCAAUGUAUUGCUAACAUGGCUGUUGAUGUGGAAAAUGAGGAAAUUUUGAAAAAAGCAAUUCCUAUAAUAAUAAGAAAAACUGAAUCAACAGUUGAAAUGGAAAGUGUAAUUGCUUUACAAGCAUUAACAAAUUUAUCAGUUAACAUUUCUUCACAACAAAUCCAUAUGUAUAUUCCUGUAAUUCCAACGUGUAUAAAUAAGUUAUGGGUAAAAGGAGAAGUUAAUUUAAAUUCUCUACGUUUACUUAUUAACUUAUCAUGUUGUCCUGAUAUUGUUCCAUAUAUUUUAGCAGCAAAGACUGUCACAGGUUUCUUUACAAUUUUGGAUACUGAUAAAAUUGAAUAUCUUGUAAGAGCUAUAACAUGGUUAUUAUGUUUAUCUACAGCUGUUGAGACUCUUCAAAUAUCUUAUGAACAAAUUUCACAUUUAAAUCAAGAUCCAUUUCAUAAUUCUAGUUUUACAAUAUAUAAUACAUUAUAUGGAGCUAAAGGAAAAGGUGAAUUACUUGAAAAAAUGAGUAACUUGUCAAAUCAUAAAAAUAUUGAUGUUUCAACAAAAGCAAAACGUUUAUAUGAAACUCUUAGACUUAUACCAACUUAUUUUUCAUCUUCUUUUAGUCUCAAAGGAUUACUAUAA